GGUCGGUUCUUCCAGCAAAUAAUAUUAGAUAACAUCUGCUAUCCCACGCUCUUUGCCUGCGAGUCCGUGGUGCUCGAUCUAUCAGAUGGAGACUUCACCAUGGAUGCCGGCAAACACAGCCCGGCGCAUUUCCCGCCACCUGGCAAAAUGCACAUCAAGCUAAGUCACCGAGCAUCAUCGCCGGCCAACCUCUCUAUGUUGUUCAGCUGAAUUUGCCACAAUAUGACAGUGCAUCGGCCACUUACGGCAGGGCAUUUGCUCAAGAUAACCCAAUAUGCAGCAGUCGGCAUGCUCUUAUGGUGACCUGGACCCGUAUAACAAGCUAAAGGGGAAGCAGUGGACAGCCAAGGUUUGCUCGAACCGACGGUGCUCCUUUUCGCUGAAACCCAUAAUCAAAAUGUUCAAGUGUCUCGUUCUCAUAAUCGCGGGAUCACUACUUGCCUCAACGAGAAGGGAUAGAGGGCAGCGAUCGACCAAGAAUCCCACCUUUUGAACACGUCUCCCCGAUCACUAUGGCGGUCCUUACUACUACCGCGGCAGCCCUUCAAAGGGCAGAUUCGUCGGAAAGUAAACAGCGAGUACUCGCUUGCAAGCUUUUGAUUGAGCUGCUUUCAUACCAGUUUGCGUCUCCAGUGCGAUGGAUAGAGACACAGAAAGAAAUGCUUCGCAGGUCGAAUGGCAUCGAACGAUAUGUCGAGAUCGGACCGGCAAGAAUCCUAGCUACAAUGAUUCAGAAGAGUGCUUCUCAAGGGUAUUCCUCUCAAGCUGCGUCUCAUUGGUCACAUUUCCGCUUCCUAUCUUCGACGGACAAUAAGAAGGAUAUCUAUUACGAAUACCCAGAGCAGGUCCUACAUGCUGCAACAACAGAUAAGACUGUCGAUGCUACCGGGCUGAACCUCGCCAGCGUCUCGGCUAGCCUGGAGGUCAGAGUCACUCCGCCUGGUACUCUUGCAUCUACCACGAACGGAAAUGCUGUGGCGAGUCUGGACGGCCCAGUCAUGGGACCCGUCGUUGCGGCACUCGCUGUGCCUGAUGCUGCCUUGUCUGCUGCUCAUGUUGUUCUUGCAAUUACUGCCCAGAAGUUGAAAAAGCCAUUCGACCAAGUAUCGACUCAGAAGACGAUUCGUGAACUAUCUGCAGGGAAAUCAACCCUCCAAAAUGAGCUGAUUGGCGAUCUUGCGGCAGAAUUUGGCAGUUUACCAGACGGCUCAGAGGAUCUCAGCCUGGAAGCACUUGCCGAUGCGUUACAGACUAAUUUCUCUGGGAAGCCUGGAAAACAGCUCUCAGCUCUGAUUUCGAAGUUCAUGUCGGGGAAGAUGCCCGCCGGUUUUAACCAAGCAGCAGUUCAGGAUCAUCUGCAGGAGAAGUGGGGACUCAGCAAAAGUCAUUCACUGAUCCCUAUCUCCCUUGCGGUCACAGCGGAACCGGCUUCCAGACUACCGGAUGCGAAUGCCGCAAAGGAGUUUUUCGACUCUCAUACCCUUCGCUAUGGGGCAUUUGGCGGGAUUGCUCUGUCCCCGUUGACUGGACAGGGAGGCUCUGUGGCCCUACAAGCCACCGUCACCGUGGAUUCAGCCAGUCUGGAAGCCGCGCGAAAGGAACAAAGAGAUUACCAUUUGAAGCAGUUUGAGCUGUUGGCCAAGUACUUGCAGAUCAAUCCCGAGCUAGAGCACGAAAAACUACAAGAGCUGGCAGCUUCCGAAAAAUUGCUUGAAGAGAAAUUGAACCGCUGGGCUGCAGAGUUCGAUGACCAUUUCUUCGAUGGAAUUCAGCCUCUGUUCGACAUUCGUAAAAGCCGUACGUAUGACUCUUGGUGGAAUUGGGCAAGGGAAGAUCUGCUCAGGCUACUCAGCCAAUUCAUCCAGCAGCCUUUUGAUGUGGAAGAUAUCGACAACAAGGACAGCGUUCAGAGCUUGCUGAGAAGAUUCGAACCGAGCUGUUUCGAUAUCGUUAAUCGGGCUAUCACCGAUCCACAAUUACAAGCUUCUUCUCGUGUCGGCAGGGAAAUUGCUAGGCUGGGCACGAGAGCAAUGGGUCUAGACCCAGUCUUCAAGUACAGUCUCCCGGCAAUGCGGCCUAAGACGACGAUUAGCGCCACAGGGUCCGUUGAGUAUACCGAAGUCCCUCGAGACAUCACCAACUACAGCUCUUUGGUGGAACACGGUCGCUUGACCCCCACAGGAGAGCACAUACCAUUCAUACACAUUCGCCGGCGAGACGACGGACAGGAGUGGAAGUCCGACCGUGAAUCAACAAACUUGUUGCUCUCUGCUCUACAGGCCGCAACAAGUUCAGGCAUAACCUUUGCUGGCAAAACAAUACUCGUGAUCGGCGCCGGUGCAAAUUCGAUUGGGGCAGAAGUAGUACGAGGUCUCUUGUGCGGCGGUGCUCGGGUCAUCGUGACAACAAGCCGUGUCGUGUCAAGAACCGCCAGAUUCUAUCAACAUAUGUACCGCAAGCAUGGCGCAAAGGGUUCGGCCUUGUCAGUGGUGCCAUUCAACCAGGGCAGCCGAAAGGACUGCGAAGCCUUGAUUGAACACAUCUACAGUCCAGGUUCGAUGAUCGGCGACAAUCUUGAUUUCAUCAUCCCCUUCGCAGCAAUACCAGAGAGCGGGGCAAUUGACGGUCUCGACAGCAAGUCGGAACUUGCACACCGUGCAAUGCUUACCAACAUUCUCCGCAUCCUUGGUUAUAUUUGCAAGCAGAAAGAAGCACGCGGUCUUCACAAUCAACCAACAACUGUGAUUCUACCGCUUUCGCCGAAUCAUGGAACGUUUGGAGGAGAUGGUAUGUAUGCCGAAUCGAAAUUGGGUCUCGAAACAUUGUUCAACCGCUUCCACUCGGAAAGCUGGUCUGCCUAUCUUAAUAUCUGUGGUGCCGUAAUCGGUUGGACUCGUGGAACAGGACUGAUGAAUGCCAACAAUAUCGUUGCAGAAGCCAUUGAAAGCCACGAGGUGGUGACUUUCUCACAGCCUGAGAUGGCUUUGAAUAUCCUUGCAUUGAUGACGCCAGCAAUUGCUACCCUCUGCGAGGACGACCCAGUUUAUGCUGACUUGAAUGGUGGCCUUCAAUUUGUGCACAACCUGAAACGAGAAAUUGUCGCUGCAAGGGACAACAUUUCGGACACCAGCAAAAUCCGCAAGGCAUUGAUACAGGAGCGAUCUCGACAUCAGUUGGUCCUCAACGGUUCUGAGGUACGCGAGACAGGCUCAGAUACAAUCGAUCUCUCUGCCCGACGUGCCAAUUUGAGUAUGGCGUUUCCACGACUCGCCAGUCACGAGGACUUGACGCGGGAUACCAAAAAUCUCCACGGCAUGCUCGAUCUGUCUCGAAUAGUAGUUGUCGUCGGAUUCUCCGAGCUCGGCCCCUGGGGAAGCGCAAGAACUCGAUGGGAAAUGGAACAUCAAAACGAGCUAUCCCUUGAAGGCUAUGUCGAACUUGCAUGGAUCAUGGGCUUGGUCAAGCACAAAGAUGGCGAGGUCAAUGGCCAACCAUAUACCGGCUGGAUUGACGCUCAAACACAACAUCCAGUUAAAGAUCAGGAAUUCAAGGAGAAAUAUUACAGUCAAAUCAUGAAGCAUACAGGCAUACGCUUCAUUGAAUCUGACGCACUCGGAGGCUAUGAUCCUGCACGGAAGGAAUUCCUGCAUGAAAUUGUGACCGAGGACGACUUACCGGCGUUUGAAAGCUCUAAAGCUACAGCUGAGGCUUUCAAGCUAAGAUACCAGGACAAAGUGACCAUCGAGCCCAUCUCUGGGUCCGACGACUACAAAGUGCGCAUCAAAAAAGGCGCCCACUUUCUUGUCCCUAAGGCAUCUCCAUUCGAUCGUGAGAUAGCGGGACAACUUCCAAAGGGAUGGGAUCCUAAGACGUACGGCCUCCCUGAAGAUAUCAUCCAACAGACGGAUCCGGUCACCCUGUAUGCGCUCUGUUGCGUCUCCGAGGCCUUACUCUCUGCUGGAAUUCAGGACCCUUACGAGUUGUACAAACACAUUCAUGUCUCCGAGUUAGCCAAUUGCAUCGGCACUGGCGCAGGCCCUUUGCUUGCAAUGCGCGGAGUGUACCGCGACAGGUAUCUCGACCGACCUGUGCAGAGCGAUGUACUGCAAGAAUCGUUCUUGAACACUCUCGGUGCUUGGAUCAAUAUGCUCAUUCUCUCCUCUACAGGUCCGAUCAAAUCUCCUGUCGGCGCCUGCGCAACAGCUAUUGAAUCCCUAGAUAUUGGUUGUGAGGCUAUUCAAGGCGGCAAAUGCAAGGUUGCGCUUGUAGGUGGGUGUGAUGAUUUCCAGGAGGAAAUGUCCUACGAGUUUGCAAAGAUGAAGGCCACUGCAAGCAGCAAUGAAGAGUUCGAGAGGGGCAGAACUCCGCAAGAGAUGUCGCGGCCAAGCGCUGCAUCCCGUGGCGGCUUUGUCGAAUCGGCCGGAUGCGGAGUUCAACUACUCAUGAGUGCCGAGCUAGCCCUAAAGAUGGGACUCCCUAUAUAUGGAGUUGUGGCAUACACACAGAUGGCCAGCGACAAGAUUGGUCGGUCAGUCCCAGCUCCUGGGAAGGGCAUCUUAACAGCCGCCAGGGAGGUAUCCGGCCAUGGUGACUCGCAUCUACUUGAUCUGGAAUUCCGAAGGAAACAACUCGACGAAAGCUUCAAAUUGAUCAAGAUAUGGGAACAAUCUCGGAUUGAAGAAGCCAGGCAACAACCCGACUAUUCCGAGAAGAUGGCCCAAGAGAUUCACACAGCUGCUGCCACCAAGACGAGAUCAGCAAAGAGGACAUGGGGCAACGAUAUCCGCCUUCAAGACCCUCACAUUGCGCCCAUCAAAUCAGCACUGGCCGCGUGGGGGAUGACCAUCGACGACAUCACCGUCGCUUCAAUGCACGGGACAUCAACCAAGGCAAAUGACACAAAUGAAGCUGAUGUUAUCAACACUCAACUGACGCAUCUUGGACGCAUGAAGGGUAAUCCCAUACUAGCUGUUUGUCAAAAGUCUCUGACUGGCCAUCCGAAAGGAGCAGCCGGUGCUUGGCAGUUCAAUGGGUGCUUGCAAAUGCUCCAGACAGGAAUUGUGCCGGGCAACAAAAACGCCGACAACAUCGAAAGCAAGUUGCGACAAUAUGAACACAUUGUCUAUCCCAUGGAGGCGAUCCGGCCACAACGUGUCAACGCCACUAUGUUGACGUCCUUUGGAUUUGGCCAGAAAGGUGGCAUUGCUAUUGCCGUGGCGCCGAAAUACCUUUUCUCUGCCGUCGGCAAAGAAGCCUUCGACAAUUAUCGAUCUCGGGCAACCAUGAGGCAGCGCACCGGCAACAUUGCGUUCCAAAGUGCUUUGAUGAGCAACUCGAUAUUCAAGGCUAAAGAGCGAUCUCCGUGGGACAGUUCGGAUGCAAGAAUGAAGGAAGUUCUCUUGAAUCCUCGUGCCCGCGUCUCCCGCACGGAAAGCUCGGACACCUUGACCUUCAAGGAGACGGGGACAGCCACGCCCCGCAGCUCAUCGGGUGCUGGGACGCCUCGCGAAGAACUUUCUCAUGAGAUGCUUCUGUUCAGCUCGGUUCAUGCUAUGCUUGGGGCCUCCGCACCUGGCUCGCCAGGUCAGCAAUCCGUUGGUAUUGACGUUGAAAAUAUUGCCGAUGUUCCAGUCGACAACGAGAAUUUUGUCAGACGCAAUUUCACCGUCAUGGAACGUGAGUUGUGCAGCUCUAAACCUGAUCCGAGAGCAUCAUUUGCAGGUCGCUGGUGUGCGAAAGAGGCUGUACUCAAGAGCCUUCAGAUUGCCUCGCGCGGUGCAGGUGCAGCGAUGGAUGAGAUUGAAAUUCUUCAUGAUGAAUUUGGGGUUCCUAAAGUCGAGCUGUACGGCAAGACGAAGGAUUCGGCAGAAGCGAAAGGUAUUGGUGGCAUCCAGGUCAGCAUCACUCACUCUGCGGGUAUCGCGACAGCAAUAGCACUGGCAUCAAAGCGUUCGUGAAGUGGUUGGAAAGCGGGCUGUUUUAGUUCACUUACCAGGUAGUUAGCGGUGUUGGCAUGUCCUGAGGCGCUCGUUGUAUGGCAUCAAAUACGUCCGUCCGCGGACAUUUCGUAAUACUAUUCAGAAUUGGUUGACGUUUCCAAUCUACCGUUGCUUAUUUUCUAGUCAAGUAGCUUCGGCCUCCUGGAGAAUCCG